AUGUCGUUCCAAGACAUAGGCAGGCGAAAUGCGGGGCAAUUCGUAGCCCCAAAGACUGGCUUCAACAAGGGGCAGCAUCAAGCGGGGAAGCAACCUCUCGUUUCUGGAAACAGGAGUGUUAUCCCUGGUUCUGUGGCGCAAAUCUCGGAGUCUUUGUCGCAGUUUCAGCGCAAUGUUGGAAUUUUGGAGAAAAUUGCUCAGCAAUUCUUGUUCACGAGCACCAAUCGAUCUUCUCGCGCUGAAUUGGAACAACAGUAUGACGCUCAGAUGGAUGUAUUGAAACAGCUCGAGCGUCGGCUGAAAGAACAGAUUUUGAAUCUUAGGAGGGCUGCAACCGCUGGCGACAAACAAGCGCUGGUGAAGUUGGAAAGAGACUUUGAAAGAGUUCAAAUCACAGCAGAAUCAUGCAAGUCAAAAGUAUCGAGACAGCAAAUGCAGUUUGAACAGAAGAAGGGAAGUGGUCUACGUGUAUUUGAAAACAACAGUGCUGCCGUUACACUUCAGGAAAACCACGACCGUUAUCAAAUGCAGGUGCAAGAAGAUUGUUUGCGCGAAGAAAUUAUGAGAGAAAGGGAAGAAGAGAUCAAGAAUAUCAACGAAGGCAUGCACACUGUUAAUGAGAUAUAUAAGGACUUGUCACAUAUUGUUGGUGACCAACAGGAACAAAUAGAUCAAAUAGAAGGCCAGAUGGAAGACGCGCGCACAAAUGCUGAAAGCGGAUUGACUCAAGUUCAAAAAGCAAACGAGAAGUACAACAAUUCAAACUGUUCAAUCUCCUGA